AUGCCAUCACGUUGCGGUCCUCAGUUCGGCGCCAUGAGUAAAGUGAUUAUCGUCGGCUCCGUGGCCACUUUGGCCUUUGUGAUCUGCUCGCUCGUAACUAUGGUCUCUCUUCUAAAAGAGAUCGCCGAUCUUCAAAUGGAGGUUGAAGUCGGCAUGGACGAGUUCAAGGGAAUCGCAGAGGAUACAUGGAGCCGUAUCAUCACCAAGCACAUAUAUCCCGGAGGCAGUUCCGAAGCACCGCCCAACUUUGCCACUCUUGUCGGACGUCGGCAGCAACGUGCUGCUGGUUUCCCAGAUCAGUGCAACUGUGGAGCAAAAUCAACUGGUUGCCCACCUGGGCCACCGGGACCCCCAGGACCGAAGGGACUACCUGGAGAGCCUGGACGCGACGGCGAAGAUGGACGACCUGGCGCCCCUGGUGUUGCCCUUGCAGUCACUCACGAGAUUCCGGGCGGCUGCAUCACUUGCCCAGCUGGGCCUCCAGGACCACGUGGACCGCCCGGAGAGCAAGGUCCAGCCGGACCUCCAGGAUCAUUUGGACACCGUGGUCCACCUGGUGCACCAGGUCCAAUGGGAGAGCCUGGCCCACAGGGAGACGAAGGACCAGCGGGAAUGCCUGGCCGCCCUGGCCCACCUGGUCCACCUGGAGAACCGGGAACUCAGUACUCUCCAGGUAUGCCAGGCAGCCCAGGACCACAGGGACCACGUGGACCUCCAGGAGAACCAGGACAACCCGGCGCCCCAGGAAAAGACGGGAAUCCCGGACCACAAGGUCGUCCCGGUCAUCCUGGAAAAGAUGGACAUCCUGGUCGGAAUGGUAUGCCUGGACCGCGUGGAGAAAAUGGAAAAGUCGGGGCAGAUGCAGAAUACUGCCCAUGUCCACCGCGCCGAAAGCGUCGACUGUAG